GUCCAAGAUGUCAGCUUCCAUGUAAAAAACAAAGCAAACGAUGUAAAUCUUAAAAUAAUUGUCACCAACAUAUUCAAUAAUUGAAUCAGACCCAACAUUAGCGGAUAAACAUGUCUGAUGAUGAUAGUGGUGUCCACAGACUCCAAGGCUCAGAGCCACAAAAAGGCGGCCUUGUUAUAAUGAAAAAAGGUCCAUCGUCAGAUUCCGUUAAACAUACAUUUAAACUCCCACAAACUUCAGUUCUUGGCCUUGAUCGGCUUGCAGCGAUUAAACGUAAGCAGGCCCAGGAUGAGGAUUUAGCUAAACGCUCCAAAGUAACGUCAUAUAAUGAUACUGAGGAUGAUGUAGAGUAUGAUAGGGAGAAUAGGAAAUCUGAUAAAGAUUACAAAGAAAGACACUACCGUUCCUCUAGAGUUGAGACUCCUUCUCAUACAGGGGGCGUUAGUGAUGCUUACAAAGACCGCAAAGAUAGCAAACAGCGUCAAGAGAGAGAAAAGGGUGUAUAUGCAUCAAGUAAAGAAAAACAUAAAAAGCAUAAAAGUGAUAAAAAAGACCGUAGAAGGGACAGGGAAAGAGAUGAUAGGAGUGAAAGACGUCGCCACCAGGACAAGUCUGAAAGGCGCAGAGAGAGAGAUUGGGAGGAAACUCCAUCUAGGAAGAGUGACAGUGAAUAUGACACACCCUAUAUUAAAUACAAACCUAGAGAUACUCCUUCAAGAGAAAUCUGGGAUGACGAUGACCCAACACCCCCAAAGAAAUCAAGUUGGGAUCUUCCAACUCCAUACAGCAGUUCAAGUGGGAGAGUUGGUGAUAGAAGUGAGAGAUCAUAUAGGGGUGAGAGGAGUGAUAGAAGCAGCAGAUCAAGGGAUGACAGGAGUGAAAGAAGGUUCAGAGACAGUGACCGUCAUAGUAACAAAGAUAAAACAAGAGAUAGGAGGAAGAUUGAUGACACACCCCUUCCCACCCCAACCCACAAAUACAACACUUGGGCAGACAAUAGAAAGAAAAUACAGUAUACGCCAAGAGAUAAGGAUGAAGGAGAUGUUAAAGAGGGCGAAUUUAAAACUGAAGAAGAUCAGUAUGAAUGGGAACAAGAACAGAAGAGACUUGAUAGAGAAUGGUAUGGGUUGGAUGAGGGCUACGAUGAUGACCACAACCCAUUCUCUGGCACAUCUGACGCAUACACACAAAAGAAAGAAAAGCAAAUGGAAGAAAGAAAGAAGAAGAAAAUGUCAGAAAGAGCUCGACAACAUCAUCGAGACAACGAAAAGUGGGAGACCAACAGGAUGUUACGCAGUGGAGCUGUUACGCAAGUUGAUUUUGAUGAGGAUUUUGAGGAAGAAAAUGAAGCAAGAGUCCAUCUGUUGGUACACAAUAUAGUUCCACCAUUCCUUGAUGGGAGGACUGUCUUCACCAAGCAACCUGAACCUGUGGUCCCAAUCAAGGAUCCGACCUCUGACCUUGCAGUUGUAGCCCGUAAAGGCUGCGCUGUUGUCAGGAAGCACCGUGAGUUGAAAGAAGCCAAGAAAGGCCAGGGCAAGGUGGCUGAAGUGGCUGGGACAAAUAUUGGGGAUAUCAUGGGGAUAAAGAAAGAGGAAGAAAAAGAUGUAAAGGUUGAUGAGCAUGGAGAUGUGGAUGGGAGGUCAGAGCACAAGUUUGCUGACCAUAUGAAAGAUAAAAAUGAAGCAAUGAGUGAGUUUGCACAGAAAAAAACAAUAUCACAGCAGCGUCAGUAUCUACCUAUAUUUGCAGUCAGACAAACAUUACUGAAGAUUAUCCGAGAUAACAGUAUCGUAGUUGUAGUAGGAGAAACAGGCUCAGGAAAAACAACUCAAUUAACACAGUACCUACACGAGGAUGGCUAUUCCAAAUUUGGUAUGAUUGGUUGUACGCAGCCACGUAGAGUGGCGGCAAUGUCUGUGGCAAAAAGAGUCUCUGAGGAGAUGAAAGUCAACCUGGGAGAUGAAGUUGGAUACGCUAUACGAUUUGAGGACUGCACAAAUGAGAAAACCAUGAUAAAGUACAUGACAGAUGGUAUCUUGUUGAGAGAAUCAUUGCGAGAGAGUGACCUUGACAACUACAGUUGCAUCAUAAUGGACGAGGCUCACGAGAGGUCGCUUAACACUGAUGUACUUUUUGGACUUCUUAGAGAGGUGAUAUCUCGGAGGCAAGAUCUCAAGCUUAUAGUAACUUCAGCCACAAUGGACUCAGAUAAGUUUUCUGAGUUUUUUGGAAAUGUUCCUGUUUACUUGAUUCCUGGAAGGACAUUCCCAGUUGAUGUUUUCUUCAGUAAGAACACAGUGGAAGAUUAUGUUGAUUCUGCUGUAAAGCAAACUCUGCAGGUUCACCUCCAGGAUCUACCAGGGGAUAUACUUGUGUUCAUGCCAGGCCAAGAGGAUAUUGAGGUCACAUGUGAGCUACUUGAAGAGAGGCUGAAAGAGUUGGAUGAAGCCCCAGAACUGUCUAUAUUACCCAUAUACUCCCAGUUACCCAGUGAUUUACAAGCCAAGAUAUUCCAGAAAUCACAAGGAGGGAUUAGGAAGGUUAUUGUUGCAACUAACAUAGCAGAGACAUCUUUAACAGUUGAUGGAAUACAGGUGGUGGUAGAUGCAGGGUACUGUAAACUGAAGGUGUUUAAUCCUAAAAUUGGUAUGGAUGCUCUACAGGUGUUUCCAAUCAGUCAGGCUAAUGCCAACCAGAGGUCUGGUCGCGCAGGUCGCACAGGACCAGGUAUGUGCUACAGACUGUACACUAACAGACAAUACAAAAAUGAGAUGUUAACUUCUUCAGUACCAGAGAUACAACGUACAAACCUUGCCAAUGUUGUACUGCUGUUGAAAUCACUGGGUGUACAAGAUUUACUGCAAUUCCAUUUUAUGGACCCACCCCCUCAGGACAAUAUUCUCAACUCAAUGUAUCAGCUGUGGAUCCUUGGUGCUUUAGACAACACAGGGGCAUUGACGAGUAUGGGACGUCAAAUGGUAGAGUUCCCGCUGGACCCAGCUUUGUCUAAACUACUCUUAGUGUCUGUUGAUAUGAAUUGCAGUGAUGAAGUACUGACUAUUGUGGCCAUGUUAUCAGUUCCCGCCAUUUUCUACCGUCCAAAGCAACGUGAGGAAGAAUCUGAUGGAGCAAGAGAAAAGUUCCAAGUACCAGAAAGUGAUCAUCUCACUUUUCUAAAUGUCUACCAGCAAUGGAAAAGAAACAAAUAUUCAUCCAGUUGGUGCACAGAGCACUUUGUCCACGUGAAGGCGAUGAAAAAAGUGAGAGAAGUGAGAAGCCAACUGAAGGAGAUCAUGGAACAACAGAAGAUGGACCUCAUAUCUACUGGCAAUGAGUGGGACGUCAUCAGGAAAUGUAUUUGUUCAGCAUAUUUCCACCAAGCAGCUAGGUUAAAGGGCCUUGGGGAGUAUGUAAACUGUAGAACAGGAAUGCCUUGCCAUCUUCACCCCACCUCUGCCCUUUUUGGCAUGGGUUUCAAUCCAGAUUAUAUAGUCUACCAUGAGUUGAUCAUGACAGCCAAAGAAUACAUGCAGUGUGUAACAGCAGUGGAUGGACAUUGGUUGGCUGAGCUGGGCCCUAUGUUUUAUAGUGUGAAAGACUCAACUAAGACCAGGCUUGAGCGUAAGAAGCAGGCUGUGCAGGAGAUGACCGAAAUGGAAGAGGAGAUGAGAAAGGCAGAGGAACAGAUCAGAUUGAGGAAGGAGGAAAGAGAGGAACAACAGAAAGGUGGCAUGUCAUCAAAACAAGUAAUUGUGACACCUGGUGCUAGAACUCCUGGUCCUUCCACACCGAGACGUACUCCUGCUAGAAAGGGACUUUAA